AUGAUCGACCAAUAUGAUGUCACAAUGGUGAAUGGUGAAAACGCCAAAAAGAAAAAAAGCCUACGAUGUGUCGUAUGUAGUGGACGAGCAUUUGGAUAUAAUUUUGAUCAGAUAUCAUGUGAAAGCUGUAAAGCAUUUUUUCGCCGAAAUGCCUUAAGGGAUAUGAGUGAUCUACACUGUCGAUUUUCCGGUAAUUGUAAUAUAACAGUCGAAAGUCGACGGCAUUGCUCUUAUUGUCGAAUAAUGAAAUGCUUUGCUGUCGGCAUGAGAAAAGAAUCUAUACGAAGCGAAGUAGAAAAAUAUAUGAAACGUCUUCAAUUAGACAAAGGUUACCGUCAAAAAUACCCCCAAGCGACACCCAAAAUUCCAGCUUUAAUGACAAUCGGCAAUGCAAAUAUUUUAAUGAUGUUAAGUUCAACCGACCGAACACGUGUUAAUAAUAUAACACAUUGUUAUGAUCAAUAUACUUACGAGCCUUCCUCAUCGGGACAUUUUCCUCCACUGAGACCUCUUGUCUUACGUAUUGAUGAAUUUUUCAAUCGUAAGAAACCAAUUUUUAUUAAUCUUAUAAGUUACUUUAAACAUUUGCCUGAAUUAAAGCGUCUAAAUCUUGAUGAUCAAGUAUUAUUAAUUAAACAAAACAUACGUCUUUUAAUACCAUUAAACUAUGCUAUAUUGCAAACACCUGUUAAUUCGAAAUUUCGUGGUUCACAUAUUCAAACAACUGGCUUGUAUAAUAAUAUCAAUAUACAUGAAAUGCUUCGACAAUUAUCAAGCUAUUUUGUUGGUUUUGUCACAUAUGAUCCAAUUAUAAUCAAACUAUUAAUCACUGUUCUGUUUUUCACAAGUAGUUCUUCAACAACAAGAUCGAUAUUUGAUCCUGCACAAUAUAGAGAAUUAAGUACUAUCAAAGAAAUUCAAUCUUCAUAUAUUGAAUUGCUAUGGGUAUAUAUGAUUGAAAAAUUUGGCGAAAAAAAUGCAAUAUAUAUUUUUACAAAGAUGAUUACAAAGUAUCUAUGCGUUCAAAUAGUAAUUGAUCAAGUGGAUACGAUUGUUCGAAUGAAUAAUGAUAUACAAAAUAUUGAUUCAUUAAUGCAGUCAUUCUUACAACUGACAUAA